AGUAAAGCAUUUUGAAUUUCGUUUUAAACACAAAUAUAAAUUAUAAUAUAAAAGAUGUAGAUAUGUUAUGUUAUGUAUGUAAAUUCCGAAAGUUAAUCCUAUUUUCCUGAUUUCUGAUUUGAGACUAUGUUGAAGUAGCUGAAGAGUUCGCGACUAAACUAUUGACUAAACUUAUUACAAAUACAAUACAAUACAGUAAUCGCUUUCUAUGACCCCCUGAAUAAAAUAAAUUUGAAAAACAUGGCUUUUACCCAUCAUGAUGAAUCGUGAGGGACGAUGCUGAAACGCCGUGCGUGACCUGAUGGGACGGCCAUCAAUUAUAGGUCCGGGCGUGCGUGUCUUGUGGGGGCGGUCAACCGGCUUGAUCUCGUUAGCUUUGCCGCCAUUAAUUGAAAGAAGCCAAGAACGAUCGCUUUUCGGCCAAUUAGCCGGACAUUGCAAGUUAUUCAAACAAUGUACUAUAUAAUUUCACAGCCGAGCGAGUCCCUGAUUUAGAUAUAAAAGCUUGGAGUGCCAGAAGCAUCAGCAAGUCAGCGGACGGAGUACAUCAGGCAAACAACAUGCAUAGUUCCUCAGUUAUUUUUGUGGCAAUUGUUAUCCUUGGCGCCGCCCUGGUGCGCGCCUUCGACGAAAAGGAGGCCAUGGAAAAAAUGAUGAAGGCGGCGGAAACAUGCUUGACGGAAGUGGGUGCCGUCGACUCCGACCUGCAGGACUUGGUCAAGAGGCAGCCCGCCUCGACCUAUGCUGGCAAGUGCCUCCGCGCCUGCGUGAUGAAGAGCUUCGGGCUGUUGGGCGCCGACGGCAAGCUGGACACGGAUGCCGGCCACGAGAAGGCCAAGCAGUACACGGGCAACGAUCCGGCCAAGCUAAAGCUGGCCCUCGAGAUUGGCGACACCUGUGCGGCCAUCAGCGUGCCGGAUGACCACUGCGAGGCCGCCGAGAGCUACGGCACCUGCUUCAAGAGUGAGGCCACGAAACACGGACUUAUGUAGAUCCUCCGCAACCCCGACAUAGACAAACAGUGACUUUUCCCUGACAACGCAAAUACAUGUAUUAAGUUUGACCAAUCUACGUAGUUGAUUUAAAAUAAACGCAUUCUCAAAAGUA